GCUGACUGCUGACUGCUGCCGUAACCUUAUCAGCAUUGCAAAUACCCAACGGUCUGUUCACCUAUUGUCGUUCUUUUUGUGAUCGUUCGAAUUUUCGAUUCAAAAGAUUGUCAGUAGACGAAAGAGGUAUUAACGCUUUGAAAUUGCAGUUCUACAAUCAGUAAUCGACGAUAUUUCUUGUAUGAAGAAUUUUUGUGUCUCAAUCGCGGUUUGUUAUUAUUGCGUGUUUUCUGCACGUGAACAGACCAAUGAACUCAUACGUCAGGUCAGCUCACCCGUCAGUCGUCACACGGCAGUAAUUCGCAAGCAAGACUCCAAGUCUUGGUUCAUGUUAUAAAUCCCGUCUGCUACACAUUUCACGCAUGUUUGCUUCCCUCAACGAUUUUGACGUUCAGUGUAAUUAAAAAGCUAUUGAGAAUUUUAUUCAACAUUAUUUUAUCAUGUGUAUAGAAUAACAUUCGAUGAAAGCUGUUACAAUUGAGAGAAGCAAUAUUGAAUAAAAACUGUCUAAUUUUUGUUGUCUACAAUGUCAGAAAAUAAUGAUGAAAUACCAUCUACUCAGAAAUCAUUACACUCAUCGCAUGACCCAGGCUGGAAUGACCCUCCAAGUUGGGCGUAUACACCAGCUGUUAAAACAACAGGGCCAGAGGCUCAGCCAAAAAGGCUGUUAAAUAAGAGAGUUGCAUACCCCUUAAGUUCUAAGCCAGGAGAAUCGAACCUAUCGUCUACACCUAUCAAUGAACCAUCAUUAGUCAAUUUACCUCCUCCCCCAAACUCAAUUAAAUUGACGAGUGCUCCUCACAAACCAAUGUUAAUGCCUACAGCAUUACAAACUAAUAGUUCUGUGAGUGAUCUUGACUGUGACAACAAAGAAAUAUUACCCACUGUAAUGCGUAAUUUAAGAUCUGUAUUAGCAAAAUUAGAGUCAACUAAAAAAGAAGAAAUAGAGAAAAGACUUGAACGAAUGGAAACCAUGUGGAAUGCAGAUGGAUUAAACGAGACUGUACACAAAAACCUUAUAGAAUUAUCUUCAGAUCUUGAAAAAGGAGACUUUGAGGCUGCUGAUAAAUUGCAUAUCAGUCUCAUGAUGAACCAUACUUCAAUGUGUAGCUCAUGGAUUCCAGGAAUCAGACAAUUAAUUGCUGAAGUGAAAAAUGCCCAAACGUGAUGCACAUACUUUUUUUAUAUUUCUAACCUGAAUAUAUAUAAAUAUGUUAUUAUGUGGCAAAACUAAGUGUCAUUAUGAAUUAAUGAGAUUAAAAAAAUAUAAGUAUUUUUAUAGUAUUUUUAAAUCUAAGCAUUUGAUCUCAGUAAUCAUGAUAAUCAUGCAGUUUUGAAAAUGUGUAAAGUAGUUAUCGAUGGAAGAUCAUGUAGAAAACUCUUGUUAUUAUUAAAUACAUUUUUGAAUGAGAUAACA